GCUCGUGUUUUAAAAAGUGUCAUUGCUUAACCAAAAAAAAAAAAAAAUAAAAAUCACAAACUCAAACAUCGCCAUUUUGAAAAUCAUGGACGUUGCCAAAAUGCAAGCGCCUGGCCAACAUUUAAUGCCGCCGGCAGCGCCACCCACCCAGCAGUUGCAUCUGCCCAUCGACUACAGUUUGGGAAACUUUAAGCCAGCCAUAGCGGCCGAUUUCCCCGGCCCCUUCGUCAGCACCCCGUCGUCGUCGUCCCUGCAGGUGCGCGAUCUCAGUGCACUGACCACCAUGGCCGCCACGAUUCCAUCGCCCACUCAACUGCUGCAUCAACGUAUGCAGCAGGCCCAAAUAACUGUCGAUGGACACCAGGAACAACAACAACAACAGCAGCAACAACAGCAGCAACAGCUGCCGACGGCACCAACAUCCCCGCACGAAUACGCGCCCAUGUCCGCCUUCAAGGCAGUGCUCCCCAAGAAACGCAAUGCCGACGAUGCUGCGCUCGCCUUUAGCAUAAGCAGAUUGGUCAAGACUGAACACCUGACAGCCGUGGCAGCGGCCGCAGCAGCCGCCGCCGCGCUGAAGCCUCCCCAGCAUCCACAUCCGCAUUCGCAUUCGCAUCCGCCAACCCAGACGACGACUAUGACGACAACGACGACGCCCAUCGUCGAGGACAACAAUAAUUCCAUCGCGAUGCUGAGCAAAAACCAUCAAAUACUCCAACGCAAGCUGACGCCCUACGUGGUCAGUGCCAGUGAGCAGCUGCGUCAAUCGCGCUCCCGUUCCAGGUCGCGUAGUCCAGCCUCACGCAGCAGCUCCCCCAUCGACAUGGACGAUGCAGACAGCCGGCACGAGCGUCCUUCCCUGCACUCGCGCUCUCGCUCCCACAGUCGUUCCAGCAGCUCUUCCGUUGAGCUGGAGGUGGACUCGCCACCGGGCAGUCCCAGCAUCAGCUCGCCCAGCGCCGCCUCCGAGCUGCUCAUCACCACGAGCACCAUACAAAAGAAUUCGGAUUUGUUCUCGGUGUCGGCGUUGUUGCGCCGCGAUGAGCCACAGAAGCGAGCGGCACGCAGUCCUCCAGUCAGCUUGUCCACCAGCACGCUAACACUGCCCGCCAAUCCCCUGGAGGCCAUGCGGCAAAGCUACCCGCCCAACUACGAUGCGCCCAUGUUUCAGCGUCCGCUCUUCUCGCCCGCGCUGCCCUUCUUCGCUGCCUUCGCCUUCCAUCAAGGCCAACAACAGCAACAGCAAUCCGGACUGGGCGCCAGCUACCAUCCCGCCUCACAGGAAGAUCUCUUUAGGCUGCGCAGCUUGAUGGUGCCACUGCAGUCUGGCCAGAAUGGAGCGAGUGCCGCGGCUGCGGCGGCUGCUGCUGCUGCCGCCUCGGUGGGCGUUCCACCCAGUGCUGGACACUUGGGUCUGCCACAUGCGCCACAUUUGCACUUCCAUCAUAUGGCCGCCAAGUGGCCGGGCCUGCACCAAUUCAGCGACCUGUACUCGUGCAUGAAGUGCGAGAAGAUGUUCUCCACGCCCCACGGCCUCGAGGUGCACUCGCGCCGCACUCACCAUGGCAAGAAGCCCUACGCCUGCGAGCUGUGCAACAAGACCUUCGGCCAUGAGGUCAGCCUCAGUCAGCACAGGGCGGUGCAUAAUGUGGAGAAGGUCUUCGAGUGUAAACAAUGUGGCAAACGAUUCAAACGUUCCAGCACGCUCUCCACCCAUCUGCUCAUUCACAGCGAUACGCGGCCUUAUCCCUGCAGCUACUGCGGCAAGCGAUUCCAUCAAAAGAGUGAUAUGAAGAAACACACCUAUAUACAUACGGGUGAGAAGCCGCACAAGUGUCAGGUGUGUGGCAAGGCGUUUAGUCAGAGCUCCAACCUGAUAACGCACUCCCGCAAGCACACUGGCUACAAGCCCUUCUCGUGCAAGCUCUGCCACAAGGCGUUCCAGCGCAAGGUGGACUUGCGACGUCACAAGGAGACGCAGCACACGGACUUGCGGGUGCACUUGGGAAAAGUGGACUUCAUGUCUGCCGCAGCCGCUGCAGCAGCAGCU